CUGAUAACGGGACACGAGUGGCCAUUCGCGAAAUAACUGAUCUGAUGGUGAACCAGACACCUGGAGAUAUCGAAAUAAUGGAAGGGGAGAACAUUACUCUUGAGUGUCGAUUCAAGACGGUCGGCAACCUCAGCAACAUGUACGUACGGUGGUACAAAAAUGAGACCUUGCUGAGUAACCAAACGGAGGAACAAACCAUAAAUGAGGAUCUGGAAGAGGGUUUUUCUUCUCUCACUCUCUGGAAAGCUCACACGAGCCGUUCAGGAAUGUACAGGUGCGAGGUGGGCGUCAGGGGAAGGAAUCUGACCGGAUCCGGGAAGGAAUCUCGCGUUAUCAUCUCAGGACAGCUGCCCUCUGAGCAGAAGACAAAUCCAGACCAAAAGCCUGGCUCUGAAAACCACAAGGAAGCUGGUGCUGGAUUCGAAAUCGGAGUCGCAGCCGGAGCUGCCGUGGGGGUCUUCCUCUUCUUGCUGCUGAUCGGGGUCUUCGUGUGGAGACAGAAGAAGAGGGGAAGUCCAGCAGCCACAUCAGGGACAGAAUCUGAUGCUAACGAAGAAGCGGGAAAGCAGCAUCUUCCGUUGGCCGGCCAAAUGAGCGAUGUGACCUACGCAGACCUCCGUUUCAAAAGAAAUGAAGGGCAACCAGAAUCGGAAGUGGUUUAUGCAGAAGUGAAGCCUGGACGCCAGCAGCGAGCUGGCAUCAAUGGCCGGCCCCAGGCCAAAGUCCGUGGCUCCCGCUAGGGAGAGACACCGUCCCUUUUUCUUCCCUGGCCUCCCUUUGAGAUUCAUUCUUCUAUGCAACCGGGACUGACCUCUGCUGAACUGGCCGGGUCCUCCCUUGAAGACUGACUGACAAACUGGCUCUCUACUGCCUAGGAUCGGAGGAACGGCUACAUCUCCUUCCUCCUGUUUCCCUUUUUGCUGGGCAAACCGUCCACACGCCUUCCCCAACCCAGUGCCCUCCAGGUGUUUGGAUUACAACUCUCAUCAUCCUUGGUUCAUAUUUCUUAUUCCCUGGAGAAGAACAGCUGGAGGCGGUCUGUAGGCUCGGGGUGGAAUGCCCUUGCAGGCGGAAAUACCGACGGAUGGGUCGGUGCCAUCCUCGCAGCAACCUUUUGCACCUGCUAAAUUUUGGCCCCUGGAUCAAAGCCCCAGUCACCCUGCCUCAGCUAGAACUGUGGAACUUAAAACCUGGAACCGAUUCAUCUGCCUUCACCGUCUCUGGGGCUCCUGGCCAAGUCCUGCUCUGUUGUUCUCUCUCUCUCUCUCUCUCUCUCUGGGCUACUCUCCAGUGGAAGUAGAACCAUCGGGAGAUCUGGUUGCAAGGCCCCCAGCGUCAGGUGCAGCUUCAACUUGAGGCCAGACACUGUUCGUUCAUUCGCAAUUUGACCAUUUGUUCAUUCGCAAUUCGGGGAGGAGAAGAGUGGUCUACCUUAUGGGGUUGUUGUCAGGAUUCCUGCUUAAGAUACCGCAUGGGAAGUAUUUUGGAUUUUUUUAAACAGGCCAUCGAAAAGCAAUAAACGCCAUUUAUAACGGUUGUUUAUGUAGGAGGCAAAACUAGGGGAAGCCAGCAUUUUAAUAAAAAAGGAGCAACACAUUCCAAUGUUUCAUGAAACAGGAGAGAGAGAGAGAGAGAGAGAGAAAAUGAGAGAGAGAGAGAGAGAGAAAGGCAUACACAUAAGCUUGUUCCUUGGUCAUUCUAAAUGGUCCCAUCAAGGAAAUUAUGUUGGCUUCAAGGAGCAAUUUCUAGGCAGAUAGCCUGCAGGACAUCAAAUAUAAAAUCGGAGGUAUUCAGACA